AUGGAGUCUUAUCCGCAACCACCCACUUCAUCUUUCUCUAAACCCUCUUCUUCUCUUCCCAAAUGGCAAAUUCCAACCCUUCUUACAGAAAUCAAACACAAUCGUAGCUCCAGCGACCCCAUCCAUGAUCCUCAAAUUAUCGCCAAUUUGUCGGAUGAUAAAGAGAAUUCAGAACCCAAUAAGAUGAAGAACAACAAUUGCAAGCCAGACGACAAGGAGAAUGUGGAUUCUAACAUCGUCGUUUCCAAACAACCACCGAUUGCCAAGACCCGUUUGAAAGAUAGGGCUUGGAAGCCAUCUUCGCUGCAGCUCUGUAUGCAAUUGAAUGACCCUAAUCCAACCUUUGGUUCCAAUUUCUAUGAACCCAUUGGUUCCAACAAAAACAAUUCGGGAAAUAUUUGGGAUCAUUCGGAUUCCGAGGCUGCACCCGCUUCCUCAUGGUCUACACUCCCCAACAGGUCUUUGUUGUGUAGGCCUUUGCCUGUGGAUAUAGGAAGGUGUACUUGUAUUAUUGUGAAGGAAAAGUCGGUCGACGGGCUGAAUGGUGGAACACUGUAUACGCUCUACACCAAUGAGGGUCAAGGAAGGCAAAAUCGGAAACUUGCUGUGGCUCAUCAUAGACGUCACAACGGUAGAUCGGAGUUCAUAAUUGCUCAGAAUACAAAAGGCAUAUUAUGUUGUGCAGAUGAUAGUUAUGUAGGGAGUGUGACUGCCAAUCUCAUGGGUUCCAAAUACCAUAUAUGGGAUCAGGGUCGACGCGUUAAUUCCAUGACCAAACACUCCAAACUUCUAGCAUUAGUAGCCUUUGUGCCCACAAUAGCAACAUGGACAGGAAGUUAUAGGAGCAUGAAGAUAUGGCUCCCAAAACAUCAGUCUAUGCAAUUGAAGAACACAACUCAGGCACAACAUAUCAAUGGGCUACCGAAGGAUUGGGAAGAGAGAAUGGACAGAGUACAUCAGUUGUUCUCAAGAGUUCCACACUACAACAAUGUCUCAAAGCAAUAUGAGUUGGAUUUCAGAAAUAGGGGAAAAGCAGCAGGACUUAAAAUCCAGAGUUCAGCCAAGAACUUCCAGUUGACUUUGGAGAAAAAUGGAAGACAAACAAUUUUGCAACUUGGGAGGAUAGGGAAGUCCAAGUAUGUGAUGGACUACAGAUAUCCGCUAACCGGUUAUCAGGCCUUCAGCAUAUGUUUGGCGUCUAUCGAUUCAAAGCUUUGCUGCACAAUGUGAACACAUUCUGAUUGCUGAAAUGGGUUUAUCAACAAGAGCUUUGACAUAAUUGUGAAAUUUGUUAACUUCGACUUCAAAUUCUCUUUAUCAUUCCUUAUGAUAUAUAUCUCUUAUUUUCAAAGUUUCUUGAGGCAAUUAAUC